AUGAGUCUUGCUGUCGCCGGUGGCCUCGCGGCCGCCACCUAUCUGGAUGGCAAAUUCCACCUUUCCCGGGAUGUCCGCGCCCUGUGGACUCUCUUCCGCAGCCUGCGCGGCUACGAGAAAGCCGCUGCCCAAGGAACGGGCAACAUCUGGUACGUGUUCGCCGCCAACGCCGCGCAGUACCCGGAUAUGGUCUGCAUCUGGACGCGCUCCCGGGUCUACACCUUCCGCGAGGCUUUCGACACGGCCGCACGCUUCGCCCACUUCUUCCGCUCGAAGGGUGUCCAGCGCGGUGACCUCGUCGCCUUCUUCCUGACCAACCGUGCCGAGUUCCUCCUCGCCUGGCUGGGCCUCUGCAGCAUCGGGUGCGCCCCCGCCGCCAUCAACUACAACCUCACGGGCGACGCCCUCGUGCACUGUCUGCGCAUCAGCGGCGCCAAACUCAUCCUCGUUGACGACGACGCCGAAUGCGUCGCCCGCAUGGAGAGCGCCCGCCCCACCAUCGAGUCUGAGCUCUCCAUGACCCUCAUCCCACUCGACUCCGCCCUCCUCACCUCCACCCUUCCCAGCUUCCCACCCACCAUCCCGGAAGACGGCCGUCUCGCCGCCCACACCGCCGCAGACUUCCCCGCCAUCCUCCUCUUCACCUCUGGCACAACCGGCAUGCCCAAAGGCUGCGCCUUCACCAUGUCCCGCCUCUACGCGACCCUAUCCCUCCGCAGCGGCGCCAUGCCCGACGCCCCCGGCCCCACCGGCGACCGCUGGUACAGCUGCAUGCCGCUCUACCACGGCACCUCGGCCAUCUGCAUGAUCGCCAGCCUCGUCACAGGCGUGUCCAUCGCGCUGGGCCCCAAAUUCAGCGUGCGCAGCUUCUGGUCCGACAUCCGCGACAGCGAGUCCACCGUCUUCGUCUACGUCGGCGAAUCCGCGCGCUACCUCCUCGCCGCGCCACCCUCCCCGCUCGACCGCGCCCACCGCCUCCGCUGCAUGUACGGCAACGGCCUCCGCCCCGACAUCUGGGAGCGGUUCCAGGCGCGCUUCGCCGUCCCCUCCGUCGGCGAAUUCUUCAACUCCACAGAAGGCGUCUUCUCCCUCUUCAACUACAACACGGGUCCCUUCACAUCCGGCGCCGUCGGCCACCACGGCCUCCUCAUGCGUCUCGUCCUCCACAACACGUACGUGCCCGUCGCCAUCGACCCAUCCACCGGCGACGUCCUCCGCAGCCGCAAGACGGGCUUCGCGACCCGCACGCCCUACAGCGAAGGCGGAGAGAUCCUCGUCCGCGUGCCGGACGAGUCCGCCUUCCAGGGCUACUGGCGCAACGACAGCGCGACGGAGAAGAAAUUCCUGCGCGACGUCUUCAAAAAGGGCGACAUCUUCUACCGCUCGGGCGACGCGCUCCGCCGCGCCGACGACGGGCGGUGGUACUUCCUCGACAGACUGGGCGACACGUUCCGGUGGAAGAGCGAGAACGUGGCCACAGCCGAGGUGGCCGUCGUGCUGGGGCAGUAUCCAGGCGUGCAGGAGGCGAACGUCUACGGGGUGAGCGUGCCGCACCAUGAGGGCCGGGCGGGGUGCGCGGCGCUGCUGAUUGCGCCUGAGGCGAGGGAGGGGUUUGAUUUCGGGGCGCUGGCGCGGUUCGCGAGGGCGAAGUUGCCCAAGUAUGCGGUGCCGGUGUUUUUGCGGGUCGGCGAUAGCGCGUCGCAUAUUCAUAAUCAUAAGCAGAAUAAGGUGCCGCUGCGCGAGGAGGGCAUUGAGUUGGAGAGGGUCGGUGAGAAGGUCCCUGGCGGUGCGGGGGAUCGCUUUUACUGGUUGCCGCCUGGGGAGGGGGCUUAUCAGGGUGGGGCGCGGCUUUGA